AUGAUUUCCGGGGCGCCGGCGGCGGGCAAGGGCACCCAGUGUGAGAAGAUUGUGGGCAAGUACGGCCUCGUGCACAUCUCCGCCGGCGACUUGCUGCGAGAGCAGGUGGCGCUCGGCACCGCAGCAGGCAAGCGCGCCAAGGACUUUAUGGAGCGGGGCGUGCUGGUGCCCGAUGACGUCAUCGUCGACAUGAUCAAGGACCGCCUCGCACAGCAGGACGUGGCUGAGCGGGGGUGGCUGCUGGACGGGUACCCGCGCAGCGCCAGCCAGGCGGAGGCCAUUGAGAAGGAGGGCAUCCGGCCGGACCUCUUCCUGCUGAUUGAGGCGUGCACGGUGGUGGAGCAAAGGCCGGGUUCUCUGAUCCUGGUGGGGCUCACAUAA